CUUUUCACCACACGCCCUCAAUUCAAUGUUGUUCUUCUUUUCUAGUUCAAUAGGUUUACAAAAAUUGAGAUCAAUUUUCCUCUUUUGUUGUUAGCGAUAAUUUCAGUUUGAUUUUAUUUAUUUGGAGGAAUAUGGCUUCAAUUUCUUCUAGUCCGAGGACUGUAGAAGAGAUCUUCAAAGAUUACAGUGCUCGCCGUGCUGGGAUACUUCGUGCUUUAACUAAUGAUGUGGAAGAGUUUUCUAAUACGUGUGAUCCAGAAAAGGAAAAUUUGUGUCUGUAUGGACAUCCGAAUGAAACAUGGGAAGUCAACCUUCCAGCUGACGAAGUUCCACCUGAACUCCCAGAGCCAGCUCUUGGGAUAAAUUUUGCAAGGGAUGGGAUGAAUCGUAUAGAUUGGCUUUCAUUGGUUGCUGUGCACAGUGAUUGUUGGUUGCUUGCUGUGGCCUAUUUUUUUGGAGCUCGUCUUAACAGAAAUGAAAGGAAGCGUCUGCACAGCUUGAUCAACGAUUUGCCCACUGUUUUUGAAGUCAUAGCAGAAAGAAAGCCCAUACAAGACAAGCCUAGUGCAGAUAAUGGGAGCAAAUCCCGUGGUAGUAUACAGAGGACAAGUGACGUUCAGGCAAAAAACACUGCAAAGCUGGCAGAUGAAAGUUGCGACGAGGAUGAAGAAGAACAUGGUGAAACACUAUGCGGAUGUUGUGAUGGGAAUUACAAUGCUGAUGAAUUUUGGAUUGGUUGUGAUAUCUGCGAGAGAUGGUUCCAUGGUAAGUGCGUGAAGAUAACACCUGCUAGAGCUGAGGGUAUAAAGCAGUAUAAAUGCCCUGCAUGUAACUUGAAGCGGCACAGACCAUAGUUGUCUCAUGAAUUAGAGAGAGGGGUCAUAUGCUUUGGCAACUAACAAAAUAGAUAGUACAGCAUUAUGUAAUGGGAAUCCUAAUGGUAACGACUUCGCCAUGACCCUUGGGAAAGAACGAAAUUUGGCUUCUUCCCUUAAUCCAUUUUCGGAUAUAUAUAGGAAGUUUGUUAAAUUUUUCGUGAUCUAUUUUUAUGGUUUGAGUUGGUUAAUAGACGGUUAUACUAUAGCCUUGUUAGCUUGUUGAUUGCCAUUGAUUUUAGAUUUCUUCACCGAAAUGGUGUAAACUGUAAAGUAGAAAGCAAAACAUCAAGUUCAGGAAGUUUGACAACCCUUUUAGCUUGGCUUA